AUGGCUGGCCCGUCUCAUCUAAAAAUCUUCCACUCCCUCAAAUCACCUUCUUCUUCUUCAACCUUAACCUUCAUGAAGCUCAAAACCCUAGCCCACUCUCUCAUCUUGUCCCACCUAUGCCGCCUCUCUCGUGCUCUCGCAAAGGCAAAGUCCAUUCUCAUUCAAGUUCUCAAGGGUAUCCAACUCAUUCAAUUCACUGAGUCCCUCAAGAAGAAGAAGAAGAAGAACAAACUCUUCUUUGGUUCAUUUAGACUACACUACAAUUGGUGCUCUUCUCAUGUAGUACCCGUGGCAUCGCCCGUCCUAGACCGGUUCCCCACAAGCCACAUGGAUGUGUACUACGAUUCCACGCGGAAUUCUAUUGUUUCUAAAGAUUGUGAUGACAUAGCGGAGUCACAGUUGCCGGGGUACCUCCAAUGGCUUGAAGAGAAGGUGGUUCACAAGAAUUCUGGUGGUGCUGAUGAUAUCAAUGAGAUUGAGAUUGAUAAGCUAGCAGACAUGUUCAUUGCAAGCUGCCAGGAGAAGUUCAUGUUGGAGAAACAAGAGUCCUAUAGGAGAUUCCAAGAGAUGAUGGCUAGAAGUGUGUGA